CAAUUUCACAUCUGAAGAAAAAAUUUCUGUUUUCACCGCAAAUUGUUUUUCAUUUUUCACUCCCUUUAUUUUUCUGCAAGUUUCCGGCUGGUAAUUUCUUGCUAAGCUUCACUCAAGCUGUAACCUUGAACUUCCAUGGCGGUGUAGAAGGCUUCAGUCCUCAAGACCCACCUGCCGGAACAUCCUUACCAAAGCCUUUGAGUGCAGGCAGAGCUUUCAUGAGUUUGAUUACUGAGGUUUCAGAGGGUCGUUAGGGUUUUUCUUUGUGAGCGUGAGUUCAUAUAUAAAUGGAGGGAAAGGAGGAAGUUAUGGUGGGAGUGACGGUCAUGAAGGGCGAGGAAGCUCCGGAGAGCUACAGGGUGGCUCCCAGAACCGAAAGUCCACGUCAGCCUGAUGGUCCCCCGGCUGCUGGUGCUGCUGCUGCUCCUGCUCCGGCGGCGGGGUCGGCUGCUCCGGCGAGCUCGGAGGUGAAGAAGAAGCGAGGAAGGCCGAGGAAGUACGGGCCCGACGGGGUGGCCCUGUCGCCAAUGCCGAUCUCGUCUUCCAUCCCGCUGUGGCAGCAGAAUAAGCAGAAGAUCAAGAAGAAGCAUAAACUUCAGUUCUACAGCUCAGGAGAGAAGCUCGCAUUCUUCGUUGGCGGUAACUUUACGCCACACAUGAUCACCGUUAAUCCCGGUGAGGACGUCACUAUGAAGGUCAUGUCGUUCUCUCAGCAAGGAUCUCGAGCCAUUUGUGUGCUUUCCGCAAACGGUACAAUCUCGAAUGUCACACUUCGUCAACCUACUUCUUGUGGGGGUACCUUAACAUACGAGGGUCGAUUCGAGAUCCUCUCAUUAUCGGGAUCGUUUACUCCAACUGAGAGUGGAGGAGCUGGGAGUAGAUCUGGUGGGAUGAGCAUUUCCUUGGCGGGACCCGAUGGCCGCGUUCUUGGAGGAGGACUCGCAGGCCUCUUGAUCGCUGCAGGGCCCGUGCAGGUCGUGGUUGGAAGUUUUAUAUCGGGUCACCAGCUGCAACAGAAGCCUAAGAAGCAACGUGCUGGACCAGCACCAACUCCUCCCAAUGUGGCUGGUCGAGAAGAAAUGGGCCGAUCAUGUGGCGGGUUGGAGCCGAAUAUUUCGUCAGCCUCCGCCUAUAAAGCAGAGAACCCAGCGCGAAUUGAGGACCCGGGGAUUCUGAUGACCGAGAAUAACAUUUCCUUCUCCGAAGAAGAAUCUAACGGCCCCAGCUGAUUAUUUUCAUUCCUAGGCCAGUUGUUUGUGGAUGAUCUGUUCCUAAUUAAUUUUCUACCUCUGUUAUCUGUUGGUCUUGCCCUGCUCUUCUGAGGCAAUGGCAUGGAUCACUUGAGGAUCUCUGUCUCUGACAAGGUUAGGUUGUGACAUUUGCUGAUGAUUCUGUGUACUGUUAGGCACUCCUUAGGUACUUCUCCUUCAAUUGGUUAACAAAUAUUUCCGGAUCA